ACAUUGGCAUGUCAAAAUCUCAAUCUACAGAGUCGGAGAAGGAGACGAAAGACAAAGCGAUCCAGAGCGUGCCGAAUGCAGAUCAAGUUGUCAGCCAGGGGGAUGCAGCGGACGUGGGUGCAGACGUUGAAAGCGUGGAUGCAGGGAAGAAUGUUUUUCACGUGGCAAAAGCAGAAGGCGUGCGAGAAUCGGUGGAAGUGUCACAAGAGGAAAUUACAGAUGAGCAAGUCCCGUCUAUCGUAGAAGCGAAGAUGAAUGCGCUCGCGACAGCUGCUACGGGGACGACAGAGAAAAUCGUAAAGGAUUCUGCUCCAGUACAACAAAAGCCGGAUCUGGAAUCAGUUCCACAGAGUGGAUCGCAACAAGAAUCCAAUCAAGCAGCUGAAGAAAAUGCAUCAGGCCUCCAAGACAAUUCCUCGGGUCUUGCAGACCGAGAAAUGGCCGCAG